AUGGAGAGCACCAGAGUAUUCGUCUCUGGCCUCCCGCCCACUUUCUCUGAUGACCAAUUGAGAAAGCAUUUCGCUACUCGUUUCCAAGUCACGGACGCUCAUGUAUUGCCCAAGCGCCGCAUUGGGUUCGUGGGCUUCAAGAGCCACGAGGUGGCUCAGCAGGCCGUUUCUUACUUCAACAAGACCUACAUGAAGAUGUCCAAGAUCUCAGUAGACAUUGCUAAGCCGAUCGAUGCCGAACCUUCUCACAAGGGUGGGAGGCGUGAUAACCAGGCCUUUGAUGGCGAUGCCACAGGAGCCCACCUCAAGCGUAAGCGCGAUGGUGACAAUGCUCCGGAUGCCAAGCUGGAGGAGUAUAUGUCUGUAAUGAACCACUCAUCCAAGACCAAGACAUGGGCGAACGAUUUUGCUGUGCCGACGCCGGCUCAGAAUGACUCACCUGCAGACAGGCCCGUCGAAGAGGAAGAGGAGGAGCCCCAGGACCUCACCUACGCACAGAGGAAGAAGGCCAAGCUCGGCGAUGACUACAUCCCUCCCAAGGAGACACCAGCUGCUGUCCCUGAAGAGGUUGUGUCAUCUGAGCCGAUGGUUGUCGACGCCAGUGGAGAGGGUGAUUCCGAACCUCCGGCGGAGCAAGACGAGCCUGCCGCUCAGGCUGAGGUGGGACCGGUCUCUGAUGCCGACUGGCUCCGCUCGAAGACGAGCCGCCUCCUCGGUCUGCUCGACGAGGAUGAGCAGGUGGACCUUGGUGCUCCGGCGCCGGAAAGGACCCCUGCUCCUGUUGAGGAAGCAGACGAGUCGAAUGACGACUCCAGAGACGCUCAGAUUGUCGCUCCCCCCGAGACGGAUGCUCGUAAAACAGCGAAGGAGCCGGAGGUUGACACGAAUAUUGAAAGUAUCCAACUGUCGGCGCGUCUCUUCUUGAGGAACCUUGCUUUCGAUACAAAGGAGUCGGAUCUUCAGCCGCUAUUUGCUCCGUUCGGCAGAAUCGAAGAGAUUCACGUUGCUUUCGAUACCCGGCAUAAUACCAGCAAGGGAUUUGCCUACAUUCAGUUCCUCGAGGCUGAUGCGGCCGUAGAGGCCUACAAAAGUCUUGACGGGAAACACUUCCAGGGCCGCUUAAUGCACAUUCUGCCGGCCGCUGCGAAGAAGACCUACAAGAUCGAUGAUGCUGAGUUGGCAAAGCUGCCUUUGAAGAAGCAAAAGCAGAUUAAGCGGAAGCUAGAUGCUACAUCUUCCUCGUUCAGCUGGAACUCGCUGUAUAUGAACGCUGAUGCUGUUAUGUCUUCGGUAGCCGAGAGACUUGGUGUCACCAAGUCGGAUCUCUUGGAUCCCACCUCAUCCGAUGCCGCAGUCAAGCAGGCUCACGCUGAAACCCACGUAAUCCAAGAGACGAAAGCCUACUUCUCCGCUAAUGGCGUUAACAUCGAAGCCUUCAAACAGCGAGAGCGUGGAAACACUGCUAUCUUAGUAAAGAACUUUUCGUAUGGCGUCAAGACCGAGGAGAUCAGGAAACUGUUUGAUCCCUUCGGACAAAUCACAAGGCUACUCAUGCCUCCCAGUGGGACGAUAGCCAUUGUUGAGUUUGGAAGGCCGGACGAGGCGCAGAAGGCUUUCAAGAGUCUUGCCUACCGCAAACUUGGAGACUCAAUUCUCUUCCUGGAGAAGGCUCCCAAGGACCUGUUUGAUGGAACAGCAGCGCCGCAGAAGCCCACCCUCGAGACUAAGGCUGUCUCACAGGGUUUCUCAACGGCUGAUACGUUCGCAGCCGAAGAAACUGACGAUCAUCUCGCACCCACUACAACCCUUUUCGUAAAGAACCUCAACUUUGCUACGACAAACCAAAGUUUUGUGGACCUCUUUCGCCCGCUGGAUGGCUUUGUCUCUGCCCGAAUUAAAACCAAACCGGAUCCGAAACGGCCUGGACAGACGCUCAGCAUGGGUUUCGGCUUUGUUGAGUUCAGGCUGAAGGCCCAAGCCCAGGCCGCUCUUUCUGCCAUGAAUGGCUACAAGCUCGACCAACAUGAACUGGUAGUUAGGGUGUCUCAUCGUGGAAUGGAUGCCGCUGAGGAGCGGAGGCGCGAGGACACGGCGAAGAAGAUUGCCGCCAGAAGGACGAAGAUCAUCAUUAAGAACUUGCCGUUCCAGGCCACCAAGAAGGACAUCCGGUCACUCUUUGGUGCCUACGGGCAGCUGCGCUCCGUGCGGGUUCCUCAGAAGUUCGACAGGACGGCUCGUGGUUUCGGUUUUGCGGAUUUUGUAAGCGCUCGCGAAGCGGAAAAUGCCAUGGACGCGCUGAAGAGCACCCAUUUGUUGGGCAGAAAGUUGGUGCUGGAAUUUGCAAACGAGGAGGCGAUCGACGCGGAGGACGAGAUCAGACAGAUCGAGAAGAAGGUAGGGGAGCAGGUGGACAGGGUCAAGCUGCAAAAACUUUCCGGCCCUGGCCGCAAGAAGUUCACUGUAGGGGCCCAGGACGACGAAGAGGCCUAG